CCCCUCCCGAGGCCCGGGCUCGCGACGGCAGAGGGCUCCGUCGGCCCAAACCGAGCUGGGCGCCCGCGGCCCGGGUGCAGCCUCCACUCCGCCCCCCAGUCACCGCCUCCCCCGGCCCCUCGACGUGGCGCCCUUCCCUCCGCUUCUCUGUGCUCCCCGCGCCCCUCUUGGCAUCUGGCCCCGGCCCCCGCUCUUUCUCCCGCAACCUUCCCUUGGCUCCCUCCCGUCCCCCCCAGCUCCUAGCCUCCGACUCCCUCCCCCCCUCACGCCCGCCCUCUCGCCUUCGCCGAACCAAAGUGGAUUAAUUACACGCUUUCUGUUUCUCUCCGUGCUGUUCUCUCCCGCUGUGAGCCUGCCCGCCUCUCGCUGUCCUCUCUCCCUCUCGCCCUCUCUUCGGCCCCCCCUUUCACGUUCACUCUGUCUCUCCCACUAUCUCUGCCCCCCUCUAUCCUUGAUACAACAGCUGACCUCAUUUCCCGAUACCUUUUCCCCCCCGAAAAGUACAACAUCUGGCCCGCCCCAGCCCGAAGACAGCCCGUCCUCCCUGGACAAUCAGACGAAUUCUCCCCCCCCCCAAAAAAAAGCCAUCCCCCCGCUCUGCCCCGUCGCACAUUCGGCCCCCGCGACUCGGCCAGAGCGGCGCUGGCAGAGGAGUGUCCGGCAGGAGGGCCAACGCCCGCUGUUCGGUUUGCGACACGCAGCAGGGAGGUGGGCGGCAGCGUCGCCGGCUUCCAGAUACCAAUGGGAAUCCCAAUGGGGAAGUCGAUGCUGGUGCUUCUCACCUUCUUGGCCUUCGCCUCGUGCUGCAUUGCUGCUUACCGCCCCAGUGAGACCCUGUGCGGCGGGGAGCUGGUGGACACCCUCCAGUUCGUCUGUGGGGACCGCGGCUUCUACUUCAGCAGGCCCGCAAGCCGUGUGAGCCGUCGCAGCCGUGGCAUCGUUGAGGAGUGCUGUUUCCGCAGCUGUGACCUGGCCCUCCUGGAGACGUACUGUGCUACCCCCGCCAAGUCCGAGAGGGACGUGUCGACCCCUCCGACCGUGCUUCCGGACAACUUCCCCAGAUACCCCGUGGGCAAGUUCUUCCAAUAUGACACCUGGAAGCAGUCCACCCAGCGCCUGCGCAGGGGCCUGCCUGCCCUCCUGCGUGCCCGCCGGGGUCACGUGCUCGCCAAGGAGCUCGAGGCGUUCAGGGAGGCCAAGCGUCACCGUCCCCUGAUUGCUCUACCCACCCAAGACCCCGCCCACGGGGGCACCCCCCCAGAGAUGGCCAGCAAUCGGAAGUGAGCAAAACUGCCGCAAGUCUGCAGCCCGGCGCCACCACCCUCCAGCCUCCUCCUGACCACGGACGUUUCCAUCAGGUUCCAUCGCGAAAAUCUCUCGGUUCCACGUCCCCCUGGGACUUCUCCUGACCCAGUCCCCGUGCCCCGCCUCCCCAAAACAGGCUACUCUCCUCGGCCCCCUCCAUCGGGCUGAGGAAGCACAGCAACAUCAAACAUGUACAAAAUCAAUUGGCUUUAAACACCCUCCACACACCCUGCCCCCAAAUUAUCCCCAAUUAUCCCCACACAUAAAAAAUCAAAACAUUAAACGAGCCCCCUUCCCCCUCCCCACAACAACCCUCUUAAAACUAAUUGGCUUUCUAGAAACACCAGAAAAGCUCAGAAAUUGGCUUUAAAAAAACAACCACCAAAAAAAAA